UUAAAAAUCAAAAUAUAUGUCGCAAAAUGAUCAGUAUCAUAAAUUCACUGACAGAGAUGGGAUUAGUUCUGUUGAACAUAUUAGCCCUGCUGGCAGUUGUACAGGGUGGUGUUGUAAACCUGAAUGUAGAAGAAGAUUCGACUGAAAGUUUUAAUAUUUCCCUUCUUCAACCUAGGCUAGAGUUCCAACUCCUUGUAAACGAAACACAAGGGCCACUUGAUAUUUCCCAGUUGACUCCCAAACUAGAACAAGUUCAAGAUAGAGCAACUACAUCCUGCGGAUGUGGAUACUCUGUAACUAACCCUAACCCUGCAGCUGGCCGGAUAGUGGGCGGUGUACCGGUUUCUCCUCGUCAUAAACUACCCUAUCAAGUUCUACUCAAGCCCUGUUUUGCAGAAGGGUGUGCAUUAUGCGGAGGAACCCUACUUAACAAACGUUAUGUGUUGACCGCUAUGCACUGUGUUAAAAGUGGAACUGCUUCAGCCAGAAGUGUUACGGUGACGAUUGGAGAACAUGAUACUGAUAAUACAAAUGAGGCCAUUGCCGUACAGACAAUUUUGGCCUCUGCAGUCAUAGAAAGAAAUGACUAUAACGAAAAUAGUAUUACAAAUGAUAUUGCCAUUCUUCGCCUGUCACGUGAUGUAAUUCUGAACGAGAAUGUUGUUCCAGCUUGUCUACCUACAGAUACAAACAAUAAAUAUGCUGGACAGUCAGCUAUUGUUUCAGGCUGGGGUACAACAUCCUCUGGAGGUUCUUCUAGUCCUAUACUCAAGGAAACUACUGUACAGAUUGUAUCCUCAUCAGAUCCUACAUGUACAAAGGUACAGUAUUCAAGGAAACUAUUGUACAGAUUGUAUCCUCAUCAGAUCCUACAUGUACAAAGGUACAGCAUUCAAGGAAACUACUGUACAGAUCGUAUCCUCAUUAGAUCCUACAUGUACAAAGGUACUGUAUUAAAUGAAACUGGUGUACAGAUUGUAUCCUCAUCAGAUUCUUCAUGUACAAUGGUACAGCAUUCAAGGAAACUAUUGUACAGUAUUGAAAAAGUACAGUAUUAAAUGAAACUGGUGUAC